AUGGAGCGGGAUUUUGCUUUCCCUUUUGAACCUUAUUCAAUUCAGCUUGAUUUUAUGAAUCGGCUAUAUGAUACUCUAGAUACUUGUAAAGCAGGCAUUUUUGAAAGCCCUACAGGCACUGGAAAAUCUUUAAGCAUCAUUUGUGCGGCUUUUAAAUGGCUUAGAGAGAACCAAGCUUCAUCUUCAGAUUCUCAGCGAACUAGCUAUUCUAAUAGUCAGGCAUGGCUAAGAGAAAUUGAUGCUGCUGAAAAAGACAAUCGAAUAAAAGAAGCUAAAGCUUCAAGUGAAGCCACAAUUCAGCCAACUAAAAAAGCUUUAAAAAAGAGCCCAUCUGACACAAUUCAUAGCAAUCUAAUUCCGGAAAAUUUGCUUUUAAUUAACGAAAGCAGCAAUGAAGACUCAAAGCUUUCAUCAAAAAACGUCGAAAUGAUUCCAAUUCCAAGCUUUGUCCCGCCAAGAAUUCUCUAUACAAGUCGUACUCAUUCACAACUAGACCAAUUUAUUGGAGAAAUUAAGCGUACAAAGUGAGGUCAUGGUGAUGAUAAAAUUCGUGUCAUCAGAAUAGGGUCAAGAAACCAUUUAUGCAUAAAUGAGCAUUUAUCAAAAUACAAAAAAAGUGGGGCUAUCAAUUAUAAAUGUAAAGAGCUUAUUGACCGGUUAUCAGAAAAAAAAGUUGAUUUUUACAUUUUAGGAUAAAAAUAUUAAAAGCCAAACAUUAUAUUGAUUAAAAUGCAAUGUAAUUUAUUUCUUUAUUCGGCUGGUUUUAGCAACAAGUCUUUAUAUAUUAAAUCAUAAAGCUAAAUCUCCAGCUAAAGCAAUUAGAUGCAGAUAAAUUGCCUUUCAAAAAUACCAGAAAAAAAAACUCUAUCAUUUUUUGACAGUAAAACAGUGGCAUGAAAAAUCUAUCUUUUUUCUUGAUGACCCUAUUGACCCAGAUAACACAAGGUCAGAAUGUGUUUGGCACCAGGGUCAGAAUAAAGUUUCAGAAUUCGCCUUGUCAAAUGUUUCAGAUAUAGAAGACUUAAUUCGAUAUGGGCAGGAAAAUAUAGGCUGCCCAUACUAUGGAACCAGAAGCUCUCUGAAUAGCGCAGAAGUCAUUGUAGCUCCUUAUGCGUCAAUCCUUAACAAACAAGUAAGAGAAGGAAUCGGAAUUUGCCUCGAUAAUGUAAUUUUAAUUGUGGAUGAGGCCCACAACCUGAUAGAAUCUAUUAUAGAUUCCUACUCAGCCACGUUGACCAGAAACCAGAUCGAGCAGAGCUUAAGAAACCUUUCGAAUUAUUUUAAUCGCUAUCAAAAUAGGAUGAGCCCAAGGUCGACUAUGUAUAUCAAGCAAAUUUUGAAAAUUUUGGUCAGUUUAGGCGAUUUCAUGAAUGCCAGGAUAAGAGCCAAAAUUAGUCAUGUCACCCCAGUCGCAGAAUUUCUUGUAGAAAGAGAGCUUGUAGACUAUGAUUUCUAUAGAAUCAUUGACUUUGUGGAAGAAAUCGAGCUAACAAGGAAACUCACAGGUUUUGCUGAAAAUCUCGAUUUUUCGCCAAGUGAUUCUGCGUGUUUUCACUAUUUCAUGGAAUUUGUAAGGUGUUUUGGUACUGAUCCCAAAGACUCAAGAAUACUAUUUGAGUUUGAAGAAAAUCUCCCUGUAAUAAAAUAUUUGCUACUUAACCCAAAAAUACCUUUCCAAACAAUGCUGAAUGAAGCAAGAUGUGUAAUACUCGCUGGAGGGACAAUUGAGCCAAUCGAUGAAUUUAUGCAGCUUUUCUCUGAUACUCCUAGAGAAAAGAUUGGACGAUUCUCAUGUGGGCAUGUAAUCCCCAAAGAAAACCUUUUGGUUUCGAUUGUUUCAUAUGGAGAAAGCGGGAAUCCUUUCAAAUUUAAUUAUCAGAGCAGAGAUAAUGAUAUAAUGCUGACUGAUUUAUGCAAGCUGAUAUUAGAUGUCAGUCUCACAGUGCCGCACGGAGUAGUUGUUUUUUUGCCAUCGUUUGCUUUCUUAUCCAAAUUAAAAACCUAUUUACAAGACCAUAAUUAUUUCCCACAAAUUCAGGCUAAUAAAACGCUAUUUUUUGAUAAUCGAAAUGAAAAUAAUAUGCUGGAUCAAUAUUCCCGAGAAGCAAAAAUUGGAGGGGCUAUUUUGUUCGCAGUGGUAAGAGGAAAAUUAAGUGAAGGAAUUAAUUUUAAUGACGAUCUUGGGAGAUGCGUAAUUAUGGUUGGUCUGCCUUAUCUAAAUGUUAAUGAUUUAGAAGUUAAAGAAAAAAUGAGGUUUUUGGACUCAAAGAGAGGCGAUUUUAAUGGCAGAAAAUUUUAUGAAAUGAAUUGUCAUAAAGCGAUAAAUCAAUCGAUUGGCAGAGCAAUUCGGCAUAGAAAUGAUUAUGCAGUCAUUCUGCUGGUAGAUCAAAGACAUAAUAUGGCAAAAAGGCCUUUAUGGAUGAGAAGUAAUUGUCUUGAAAGAAUAGAAAGGGCUAAGGAGGUUGUGAACUGCAUUCGUGGAUUUUUUGAAAAUAAAAAAGUUUUACAGAUAAUUAAAUAA